CUCGCCCGGUGACCUGGUUGAAGUUCAACCAGCAAAAGACCAAAAGUUCGACUUUGGUCAAGUUCGAUGGGUCCGCGCAAAAAUCAUCGACACGGGCGAACCGGGACAGAUCGGCGAAUCGCAUAAGUUAGUCACAGUGAAAUACAGCGGCGGAAAAAUCGAUACGGUUCACAGAAAAAGAAUCCGCCCGGCCCCGCUUGACGUGCGACAGAUUCUGUAUCCGAAACCCUGGG